AUGAGCACAUUCGACUUUGAUCGCUUCCUCAGUGACCUACGCCAGAAUGACUGCUCGCCAUUGGUCCAGAAGCUCAAGUCCUUCCUAUCUGCAUUCAAUGCCACUCAGAGACCCAUCUUGCAGCAGAGGAGGCUGGUCCUCAAGUUCAUAGACUCCAUUUAUACAGAGUCAUUACAGAAUCCAAUCUUGAACAAGGACAAGAAGGACGAGGCUGCUCAGGACAAGGACUCUGAUGAAGACGAACAGUCUACGUGGAUUCGUGAAGGAUGGGAAAAGUUGGUCAUGACAAAGAUAUACGAAUCAGUCUUUUGUCCCGCCAAUUCAGAAGAACCCAAAAUGGCUACUCAUUUGACAAAGAAGAUCCAGGAGUUUAGUUGGAUUCAAGAACGCCAUCUUGAUCUACCAUUCAGUCUGGAAUCGGCAAUUGAAGUCGCUCAAGCCGAGCUACUCAAAGUGAAUGGCUUCAAAAGUCCACGAGACAAGCUCGUCAUUAUACAAAAUACAGUGCAGCUAGCUGUUGAUCUAAUCAAAAAGACAACCGAGAAUGCUGGAAGUGAUCACCUACUUCCUGUUUUGAUCCUCAUCAUAAUACGUGCAAAUCCUCCAAAUAUCAUUGCAAACAUCAAGUACAUUAUGAGGUUUAGACAUCAGUCUGAGCUAGAUAAGGGUCAAAACCAAUAUUACUUGACUACCAUGAUGGGCGCUGUGUCAUUCAUAUAUAACUUGAGCAUCAAAUCGUUGACUAUACCGCCUGAGGAUUUCCUUACCUACAACAUUCAAAUAUCACCCGUCGAAACUGGUCAAAAACCAGACCUACUACCGCUCUCGCCAACGCCGCAAUCGCCUGGAGAACCUGCUGACCGCGAUCUCACAAAACGGCCAAGACUCACCUCCCAACCAAGUAAUCCCGAUCUUAAUAAAGUCAUUACGAAUACCACGGGAUUCUUCAAUAGCUUAUUCAAGGACGUAGCUGUGACGAUGGAUCACUUUGUAGAUGGAGUUCGCGGUAGACCUAGUAAUGCUGCUUUGGGAGCUACCGCUGCAUCUCAACAUGCUGGUGUAGAUGGCAAUGGUGUAGAGGCCAUAGUAGAUGAAAAUGGGAAUAGUAUUGUUGGCUCAGAUAAAUCAACAGGACCAGAUUACGGUGGUGUAGGUGGUCGACGAAUACCGUCUAAUCCAAAACUGGAUUCUAGUACAGCAGCCAAUGGUAGUAAUAGUAAUAUUAGUACUGGUGCAUCGAGUGCUAGUGCUGCUGUAACUCGAUUACGAUCCUUUUCAGAAGGUCUUGGACGGACAUUUACGAGUUUGCUGGCCGGUGACGGACCAACAGCAGAAAGUCCUUCAACAGCAAGAAGGAAGACAUCAAUGGAUCCGCAGCGUAUGAUAGAUCCCGCCACACGUAGAGCUAUAGAGCAAGCGGAACGAGAAUUCGAUCGUGAAUUCUCUGCAGAUGAUUAUACUACGAGUCAACGACCUCCUCAACGGCUGCUAUCUGCAUUCCCUGGUCGAGCCGGUCAGUAUCCCGGUAAUCCGAACGUGUAUUACGGAGAAGACGAGACGGAUAACAACUCUCCACACCAACAAUUACGACAAUCACCAACCAAUAAUGGUAAUAACACUAUCCCCCAUUCAGACUUCCAUGAUCCGGCAAUGAUUAAUCGUAUUGGAUUGACGUCACCUGAACGGGCUGAAAUCGAAGAGUAUGAAUUGCAGUUGGCACUUGCAUUGAGUUUGUCUGCUCAGGAAGCUGGUGGUGGUAGUGUUGAGGGUCCCGCUAGCACUGAGUUGGGGCAAGAGCCAAGCAGUGAUGCAAGUAAUCUUAUAACUUUGGACGAGCCUGUAGUAGCAUCACCACAAUCGACUGCAGAUGUAAUACCAGAUGCUAUACCGAGUGCUGCUGUAGUGAGUGAUUCUGAAGAGAGGCAUGAACCAGGAGCACUACUUAACGAUCCUGAAGUCUCAACAACAGAGAAUCAAACAUCGUCAGAUAUAACAAAGGGAGAGGAAGUACAAGAAGAAGAGAAUCAUCAUAGUAGUGAUGAUGGUGUGGUUGGUCCGAUAGUAGAAAAGCUGGAAGAUACGGUGUUGGAACAGGGGUCGCAUCACACUGAAACUGUUGCAUAG